GUCAGAUACAUGCUGUGGUAGGAUUCCACUAGGGGAUUCUAGUCCAGAAACUACCUGCCUAACUAAUGAGUGGAUCAGAUCCUGCUGAUGAUAGAGUUGACAAUAGGAAACUUACACGUUUGGAAGCAUUAAGGGUUCCGCACGUGUUCAGGACCUUGGACGAGGGAGAAGAAAGACGGCUUCGUGCCGAACGUAGAGCCCGUGCUCUAGCAGCAGGACUACAGGAAGCAAACAGAGUAGCAAGAGAGCGGGCAACAGCAGCCAGAGCAGCAGCAAUGGCUAAUGGUACCAGCUCUGCUGCGUCAUCGUCUGCGUCCUCGUCAGGGACUUGUGGGCCUCAGUUGGGAAUGCCACUAAGUUCCACGAGUUCCUCGGGCACUUCCGGUUCAACAGGGUCUAGACAGUUUUCUAGUCAAAUGGCGGGCUCGCAGUUCAGCCCGUUGACUCCAUGUGAGAGGGAGCUCAGAGAGAUCCAGCAGGUCGAAAGGCUCCGCCAGCAGUUAGAGGAGGAUCUGAAGAAAGCAACCGAUAGAGAAAAAGAGAUAAAAAAUAGAGCAACCAGACUUGAUACGUUAGAGUCUGACAAGGCUGCGUUAGAGGCAUUCGACGAAUCGAGUUUGUCUGACACCCUGAAAGUGUUGAGGGACAACAUGUUGUCACUGCAUGCGCACGUAGACAGCAGGAUGGACUUCAUGCAAAGCACUUUGGACCAGAUCCUGGAUGCAUUGACAAAGCCAGGAUUUCGGGCACCAGCUCAAUCGCCGUUGCCAUUAACGGCGAUGUCAGGCCCCUUUGCCGUACAAGCUGACACACAGCCAAGUGACACAUCUGCAGCAGCAGCACAGACUGUUGCAUCUCCUUCUUCGGGUCUAGUGGUGAUUGCUGCAUCACCACAACAACCUGUUCAGCCAACUGGACAGUCGCAAUGUCAAUGGUAUCCCAAGACCCCAAUGAAACCGCCUCUUGCCUUCUCAGGCGAGAGAAAGGACGAAAAACUCAACACAUGGUUGAGGACAAUCCCGGUUUGGGUGAAGGCCAAAAGGACCUUGCGUGAGGAUGAAGCGGUAACUGCAGCGUCUUACCUAGAGGGUAAGGCAGCCAAAUGGUUAGAUGGAGUAGUUGCGAAGGCCGGGUACGGGCAAUGCAUGGCGGAUUGGGCUAAGUUCUUGACUUUAGACCAAUUCAUGGAGAUGGUAGAAGCUCGAUGGCAUAACCCACAGGAGGCUCAAAGGGCCACUGAUGCCAUUAAUAAACUGGACCAAUGCAAGUUCAGGCUGCACCUACAGGACCGGGUACGACACCUUAGUAGACCAGUAGCAUCUACUUUGGCCGACAAAGAGCGCAUGAUUGUCACAGACUACAUCAAGGACGUAGUCUGUACCUUCUCCUAUGGAGGAGGAAAGCUUAACCAUAAGAUCUCGUUCUUGGUUAGCGAAGACCUGCCAUUCGAAAUGUUGUUAGGCAUGUWCUACCUCGAAGUUGCUAAGCCCCAGUUCGAUUGGGAUAAGAAGGUGCUUAAGCAUAAGUUGCCCGAUGGCCGAACUGUCAGAUUGACUAAGUUCAAGGCCAGCAGCAUUGUAGAUACCUAUGGCUGCUUGUGUGCAUCAGCGUUCUAUAAUUACUACAAGCAAAACGAAGAGAAAGGUAUGUACCUCGUUUACGUCUCUGAGAAGGGGAAGGCCGUUAAAACACCCCCUGAGAUAGAACGCGUCGUUGCUAAGUUCCCCGAUCUGUUCGAGGAGCCCACAGGAGUUGUUGAUAGGGAAGUCGUCCAUGCUAUAGAAAUCAUUCCAGGAAGUAAGACCCCAAAGGGAAGGAUCUAUAGGAUGACCCCUGCCGAGUUAGAUGAACUUCGGAAGCAACUCAAGGAACUGAUAGAGAAGGGUUGGAUUCGGCCUAGUACUUCCCCUUACGGAUCACCCGUUCUAUUCGUACCGAAGAAAGGGGGUACUUUGAGGAUGUGCAUUGAUUAUAGGGGCCUCAAUGCCAUCACGGUGAAAAACGCAGAGCCUCUACCUCACAUAGACGACCUACUGGAUAGGGUGCAGGGAUGCAAGUACUAUACAAAGAUAGACUUGAAAUCCGGAUAUCACCAGAUCGCAAUAAGACCUGAGGAUCAACACAAGACAGCUUUUCAGACUCGUUAUGGUAUGUAUGAGUUUGUAGUGAUGCUAUUUGGUCUAUGUAAUGAGCCGGGUACGUUCCAGCACGCUAUGAAUCGGAUCUUCCAUGACCAUUUAAAUAAGUUUGUCGUGGUCUACUUAGACGACAUUCUGAUCUUUAGUAAGUCUGUCGAGGAGCACGCACAGCAUGUUGAGACAGUUCUCUCACUCCUGCGACAACACAAGUAUAAGGUCAACUUAGAGAAGUGCGAGUUUGGCCGCACUAAGAUACUAUACUUGGGUCAUGAAGUAUCCGCGGAGGGAAUUAGGCCGGAAGAUGCGAAGGUGGCUAGUAUUCGAGACUGGCCACGACCUCAGAUAGUCACUGAGGUCAAAUCAUUCUUAGGAAUGUGCGGCUACUAUAGGAACUUCGUCAAGAACUAUUCUACAGUCGCCUCUCCUUUGACUGAUCUAACUCGACUUGACACACCAUGGGACGAUGGAAAAAAGUUGAGACCGAUUGAGUACAUGAGUAAGAAGAUGCCAUCGAAGAAGUUGGCUAAGUCCACCUACGAAAGGGAACUCUAUGCUCUCUACAAGGCACUUGUCCAUUGGAGACACUUCCUUCUAGGAAGGUUCUUCUAUCUGAGGACUGAUCAUCAGACCCUCAAAUGGAUCAAGACUCAACCGGCUCUUUCUGAUGCACUCAAGCGGUGGAUUGAUGUCAUAGACCAAUAUGACUUUAAGCUUGAGUACCUGAAGGGAGAGUAUAACAAGGUUGCAGACGCGCUAUCCCGUAGAGCAGACCACCUAGGUGCGCUAGUUUCUGAAUUUGGCGUAUCUAACGAAGUGACUCAAUCAUUGGUGGGAGCCUAUCAGGAAGACCCUGUCACGAUGGACAUCAUCCGCAAACUUAAGGCAAAAGACAAGGCCACAAAAAGUGAGUUUGUGAUGGUGGAUGGGCUAAUCUAUCUUGAUAAGGCCGGAGUAAAGAGAUUGGUAGUUCCAUCUAGUGAACAGUUGCGUAGUUUAUUUUUAGGAGAAUGUCAUGACGCAACUGGGCACUUUGGCUACAAGAAGUCGAGUGCUAACUUAGUACAACGAUUUUGGUGGCCCAGAAUGUUAGAUGACGCGAAGAAGUAUGUUGAGACCUGCCAGGUCCGUCAGCGGGACAAGCCGCGAACUCAAGCACCACUUGGGUUAUUGAAGCCGUUACCUAUUCGUGAUGGUCCAGAAUUGAGUGUUUCCAUGGAUUUCAUGGACACUCCUGUGACCAGCAAGAGUGGUAAGAGGCACAUCUUCGUCAUCAUUGACCGAUUCACCAAGUACGCUAGACUAAUACCAAUGCUAGAGACAGCCAGGACAGAAUACGCCAUCAAGUUGUUCAAGGACAACUGGGUAAGGGACUUUGGUUUACCAAAGACCAUCAUUAGUGACCGAGACGUCCGAUUUACAAGUGAGCUGUGGAAGAAGACUGCGGAACAGAUGGGCAGUCAACUUCAAAUGACUUCACGGAAUCAUCCCGAAGCCAACGGACAAGCCGAACAAAUGAAUAGAGUUGUACAGCACUUGCUGAGGCAUUACAUCAAGCCCAACCAGGAUGACUGGGAUGAGCAGUUACCUCUCAUCACCAGUCUGUACAACAACGCUAUACAUAGCAGUACCGACGUCAGUCCUAACCAGCUGCACUUAGGAUGGAAGCCUAGAUCAGCAUUAGACUUCCUCCUACCUGAAAACCGACCUGCUGCAACUCCAGGCACACUUGAAUACGGUGUGCAAUAUGAGAAGUUGCUGCAAGAGGCUGUUGAACAUAUGAAGAAGGCUCAGCAAGCCAUGAUUGCUUAUGAGAAUCAACAUCGCAGGCAGUCCACAUUUCAGGUAGGGGAACGUGUCUGGGUCAAGGCUAGUGAGUUAGGACAGGAAUUCAGAAUAUCUCGCAAACUAAUGCCCCAGUACUUUGGUCCUUGGGAAGUCUUGGAUGUAGUGGGAGAUGAAAUGGAUGGUCCUACGUACGUCAUUCGUGUCCCUGGUCAUCUACGCACUCACCCAGUCUUUUAUGCCUCAAACCUUGCACCUUUCGCUGAGACUGAUCAAUUCCCUUCCAGGAGAUCGAUGCUGCCCCCAACCAUGGAUGGACAAGUCGACAUCGACGACAUUGUGGAUCACAGGGAUAUGCCUGUUCCGAAGCCGCUGGGUCGAGGAAGACCUCCUAAACCCAAGAGGGAGUACCGGAUCAAAUUCAGGCAUCAUACGGAUCCUAAAGAAGAUCGGUGGUUUACCCGGGAGGAACUGAUGGAAACAGCUCCUCAGGUGGUGGCAGACUAUGAACGAAAGUUAAAAGGGAAGGCACCUGCGAAGUAAGCAUCUCAACGGACUUUCGAAGCUAAGGGGGAUGGAAUGUGAGGAUUGAGCCCUCAAGUAGGGGCCUUGCCAUGAUGUACAUGUUCUGGGCUAAGGCCCCAGCAAGCCUAGUGCCCGCCCUAAGUGAAGGCGGGCCAGCAAAUCAACAAGAGCCCUCUGU